GUGUUAGAAUGUCUCACGUUCUCAAACAUUUAUUCAGGACAGAGUUGUCCCUGACUCUCCUGGGUCUAAGUCAGGAAUUGCGUAAAUAAGGUUGCCUAACGUUUGGGAAUCAAAUCUGGAGGGCGUGUAGAAAAUGUUCCAUCAUCUACCCAGGUCAGGUGCACACAAGCUUAUGUUGGGUUUCCUGUUUACCUGCAUCACGAUGAUGUUGUACUGUUUUUCGACGCCAACAUUCCAAGCCAACACACCAAGAUUUCCAGUGCCAGCUCCAUGUGCAAAUAAAACCCCGCCAUCUCAAAAGAACAAGGGCUCGUUCUCUUCAAGUGAGGUGAAGCACUGUGUGCCAAAAGUGAACCUGAUGUUCUUAAAGACCCACAAAGCAGCAAGCAGCACUAUUCUAAAUAUUCUCCUGCGUUAUGGGGAGAAACAAAGGCUGAAGUUUGCUCUCCCCAAUGGUCGCAAUGAUUUCGCUUAUCCAGCUACAUUCACGCGCACGCACGUGAAGGAUUACAGGCCAGGCGCAUGCUUCAAUAUCAUCUGCAACCACAUGCGUUUCAAUGCUCCUGAAGUCGAAGCGCUUCUACCGGCCGAUGCGUUCUUCUUCACCAUCCUCAGAGACCCGGCUCUGGUCUUCGAGUCCUCGUUCCAUUACUUCAAAAGGGUUGUGCCCUUGAUAUGGAGGAUCCAUGGUGAGGAUAAACUGACAGAGUUUCUGAAUGAUCCCCAGCUCUACUUUAACUCAGAAGGCUUCAAUUCCUUUUAUCUGAAGAACCCUCAUUUUUUUGACCUUGGCUUUGACAACACAUUGGAGCCAGAGGAUCCGACAGUGGACAGUGCCAUUCAUGCAAUUGCGGAGCGCUUCCAGCUCGUCCUGAUUGCUGAACAUUUCGAGGAGUCACUCAUUCUGCUCAAGGAUGCACUCUGCUGGCAGAUGGAUGACUUGCUGUUCUUCAAUAUGAACACACGCAGGCCUAGUAGUGUGUCCCAGCUCACGCCCGAACUGAGGGUCAAGGCACGUGAGUGGAACAGCGUUGACUGGAAGCUCUACCGUUACUUCAACGCCACGCUCUGGGCCAAAGUGGACGCCUACGGGAGGGAGCGCAUGCAAAAGGAGGUGAAGAAGUUGCGCCAAAGGAACAGCGAGAUGGCAGCCAUCUGCAUUAGCGGUGGGAUGGCUGUGGAGGAUCAGGACAUAAGGGACCAAAGCAUGAGGCCCUGGCAGCCUGUUGGAGAGAGCUCUAUUUUGGGAUACAACAUGAAGAGCAACAUUGAGCCGCAAUACAGGGAGCUCUGCCGAAAGAUGCUAACGCCUGAAAUUCAGUACCUAACAGACCUGGGAGUAAAUCUGUGGAUAACCAGAUUAUGGGGCUGGUUUAAAGCUUUUUUAACAUUAUGAUUUAAGGAAAUAGUGUCAUACUAUAUCUGACCUCACAAUGUGUUUUAUUUUAUUGUUUUAAAUGCUAAAAUGCUAAAAUAUGGUUGAAACAUUUCAUGACUUACAGUGCCCUCCAUUAAUGUUGGCACCCUUGGUAAAUAUGAGCAAAGAAAGCUGUUAAAAUUGUCUUUAUUGUUUAACUUUUUGAUAUUUAACUUUUCUUCAAAAUAUUCACAAAAACACUCAUUGAGCUCUCAUGGAGAUCAAACAUAUUUUAUUUAACUUUGUUCAAUAUAGGUGUACAACAAUUAUUGGCACCCCAUGAAUUCAUAUGGGAAAAAUAUAUUUGAAGUAUAUUCACAUUGAUAUUUAUAUUUUAUUUUGUACACCUGGGUGACUAGGAACAGGAAAUUGUUCAACCAUGACUUCCUGUUUUCACAGGGGUAUAAAUAUGAGGUAACGCAUAGGUCAAAUUCCCUUAGUCAUUCAUAACAAUGGGUAAGUCCAAGAACCCCAUAGAAACCCUGUGGGGUGAACUGAAGAGGAGAGUCCACCAGCGUGGACCUCGAAAUGUGAAGGAUCUGGAGAGGUUCUGUCUGGAGGAACGCUCUCAGAUCCCUCACCAUGUAUUCUCCAACCUCAUCAGGCGUUAUAGGAGAAGACCCAGAGCUGUUAUCUUGGUGGGAGGGAGGUAGCACAAAGUAUUGACUAAAAAGAUGCCAAUAAUUGUUGCACACUUUUUUGAUAAACCUGUGUUUUGUUUGCUAUUAUUUGAUAUCCAUGAGAGUAGAGUAUUUUUUUUUAAAUUUUGCACAAAAGAUCAAAUUUUAUACAAUAAAACAAAUGUUCACAGCCUUCUCUGCUCAUAUUUACAAAGGGCACUGUAACUGGUACAAGAAAUGCCAGCCUUGCAGUAAAUUAGCACGUUUCAUAAUUAUUGUGUGUGUGUGUUUUAAAAGGUAAAAUAUUUUGAUAGAACCUAAUAUGAAAUUUCCUAUUGUCACUAUUGUUUUAGAGAUAAUCAAGAGAAGGCAAAAAGUAUCUGGUCCACACAAGGUCCAUAAGACUUUUCUUUCCCCAACUCUUUGACUGCUGCUGACGUUUCCACCUUCUCUGAUGAGAUCUCAUUUGCCAAGGUCUGUCAGUUUCCCCCCUUCCUGUCCCUACUCCUACACUGCACAGUCUGUUUCCCCCCACUUUCUCCCUAGCCCAGUUUUCUCGUCCUUCUACAGAAGCUUCUCUUCUCCAGCAAUCCUACCACCUGCCUGCUAGAUCUCAUCCUUUCCAUAUUUGGACCUGGCAAGACCAUCUCCCCUUCAUCAAUAACAUUGUAAACAUCUGGUCAUGUAUCGACUGCCUUCAAAACAGCGAGUGUUAAACAGGUUCUGAAAAAGCCGUAGCGUGUGCAGUUGUGCCCUGCAAUGGCUUGGCAUCCCAUCCAAGGUGUCCCUCACCCUGUGCCCCGAGUUCCCAGGGAUAGGCUCCAGGCUUCCCCAUGACCCUGUGUAGGAUAAGCAGUAUGGAAAAUGGACAGAUGGAAUGUGCUGUAU